AUGGUCCGCUUUUCUCUUGUCGCAGCAAUCUUCGCUGCCACCGUCCUAGCUGUCCCAAGCCCUCUGACGCCAGACCCAGCGGGAGAGAAGAAUGUGGGCAAUGGCCAGGGUGCUCAGUUCAUCGGCGGCGCCUGUCUGACCAGCAAGGACUGCGCUUCCGCAUGCUGUGCUUCCCUGAGCGGUGCCGGCAUCUGUUCCGGAGUUGGAGCCCAGUUCCAAGCAGGCAAGCAAGGGUGCGGCUUCGGUGAUGGCGGUGCCGUCGCUGCUCCAGAUGCUUCGCAGGGAGCCGGCCAAGCAACGCCGACCAUGGAAGCAGCGCCGGGUAACGGAACCAACGCCGGUGCGGGAACGUCAGGAGCGCCAGGUUCCCAGAACGUCGGCAAGGGUAACGGACAGCAGUUCAUAACUGGGCAGUGUCUUUCUGAUGCGGACUGCGCGUCAGGAUGCUGUGCUGGUCCGAAGGGAGCAUGCGCCGCGCGGGCGGUUGCAGAGGAGAAUGGGAAGGCGGGUUGUGGGUUUACUGCGGCUUGA